GUCUGGUUUUCACCAACACCCUYGAUGUCCUGGUCAGCUGUGGCAGCAGGGCUCCUGGCUUUUCCCUGUUCCCGCUCACGUUUGCCCUGCAUCUCCUGGGAGGAGUUGGGCUCUGCCUAUAAGAAGCUGCGCUUUGGGGAACAUCGUAGCAGAGCCGAGCGUGGGACCCGCUCGCCCGUCGCCGGCCCGGAGCGAAGGCGGCGGCACCAUGUUUGGCCUCGGGAAGAAGUUCGCCGAGGAAGCCACGCAGCAAGCGGAGCAGGCGGCGCAGGCGGCGGUUAACACAGCCAGCCAGACUGUGCAGCAAGUAGUGGAGCAGGCCAAGGAUGCAGGCCAGAAAGCUCUUGAUGAAGUCUGCAAAGUGGCAGAAACCGGUGAGAAAGCUGUAAAAAAUGUAGCAAAUCAAGCCACUGCCUGGGGAAAAAGCUUUGGACAGUGAGGAUAAUGUAACACUACUGAAAAUUUGUACUCUUGUAYGUGUACUCUUAAUAAAAAACUUAAAACCUCCA